UAUAAUCUAGGGCCAAAUUAAUUAUUCGUCACAGUACAGCGAAUUUUCCCGCCAUCCGCCAUGGGAGCAGCACCGAUGGAAGUCGACUCAGGAAACGGCGUCGUCGAGAGAAAACAAUCCAUCUACAAAUCUCUGGAUGAGAGCUUUGAGAUACAGAAGGAGAUGUACAGAGGGCAACAGUACAGUCAAAUAUACUUUGCAAGACUUCAUCUUAUGAGAACUCUCCUUUACUCUCUCAUCCCCACCUGGAAACCUCAUUUGCCAGUUUGUACUGUGUUAGGACUGGAACAAGGAAAAGAGUGCAUUAUUGUCGGAACCCUUUUCAAGCACAUGAAGCUUAAACCUACCAUACUCGAUGAGUAUUCAAAGGAGAGGUCAGCGAGCCCACUUGUGAAACCACAUAACUUCAUGCACUCAGACGAUUAUCUAAUACUUGAAGACGAGAGUGGAAGAGUUAAACUCCGUGGCACAAUUCUUGUACCUUCUGUAUAUGUAACAGGUCUAGUGGUUGCGUUGCAUGGAAAAGAAACCGGGGCAGGAGAUUUUAUGGUUGAAGAUAUAUUAGAAGCUGGCCUUCCUCCCCAAAUAGAUCGUCCACUUAAUCCAAAUGGUGACGAUAAAUAUGUUGUUUUUGUAUCGGGGUUGAGUGUGGGCAGCAGCUCUGCAAAUCCUCUCCAGUUUCAGCUUUUUGUCGACCAUAUAACUGGACAUUUAGGGGAUGAAAAGGAACAAGGCAUUGCAGCUAAAAUCGUUCAAGUUGUCAUAGCUGGUAAUUCUGUCGAGUUUCCUCGUGGGCUUUUCAACGGUCAGAACUUGGGUUCGAAAGAACAGUCUAAACUAUCAGAACCCACAAAAGAACUCGAUAUCCUUCUGACUCAGAUUGCUGCAGGCAUACCUUUAGAUAUAAUGCCAGGAACAAGUGACCCUGCAAAUUUCGCUUUGCCGCAACAGCCUCUGCACAAAUGCCUUUUUCCUGGAUCGGCCGCUUAUAACACUUUCAGAUCUUGCACUAACCCUCAUUCCUUUGAGCUGGACAAUGUCAGGUUUCUUGGUACAUCAGGACAAAACAUCGAUAAUCUUGCAAUAUAUUCUGAUGCCUCGAGUAGAAUUGACUUCUUGGAAAGGACAUUGAAAUGGAGGCACAUGGCUCCAACAUCGCCAAAUACGCUAGGGUGUUAUCCUUUUACCGAUAGAGAUCCAUUUUUCGUUGAGGCGUGUCCUCAUGUAUAUUUUAUCGGUAAUCAAGAUAAAUACGUGACUAGCUUGAUCCAGGGAUCGGACAACCAGGUGGUGAGGCUCAUUUCAAUUCCUAGAUUCGCUGAAACAGGAACCGCCGUGGUGAUGAACUUGAAGAAUCUCGAGUGCCAUGCUCUCAGUUUCGGGACUCAGUUCGAUUAGUAAGCGAAAAUACGGGUCCCACUUACCGCAGUUUUUCUCUAGAUUUCUUAUUGUACUAAUCACUGUACAUUUCACAUAACAGAUCUUCCUAAAUUUCCUUUUUGCUGAAACUUUAUUCUAGAAAAAUUGAUUUUUAGACAUACAAAUUCUGUAAUUACAUUUUGAUUUUCUUUUUUUUUUUAUAAUUGUUUUUCUUUAGCUCUU